AUGACUGUAACGCGGGUUGCGGAGUCCCGCACUGAAUUUAAAUUGAAGAGCUUACCGGAGGACGCGAUCUCCAGUGUAAAAUUUGCGCCAAAAUCCAAUCAAUUUUUACUUGUAUCGUCGUGGGAUUGCUCCGUGAGGUUAUACGAUGUAACGGCGAACAUCGAAAGGCAUAAAUAUAACCACGAACUGCCGGUUCUCGACGUUUGUUUUAGGGAUGCUGUACACUCCUAUAGCGGAGGUCUAGAUCAGACUCUUAAGAUGUAUGAUCUGAAUGCAAGUUCUGAAACAGUUCUUGGUGAACACAAAGGGGCAAUUCGUUGUGUAGAGUUUGCUAAUGAGGUCAAUGCAGUAUUAACAGGUGGUUGGGAUGGCACAGUAAAAAUGUGGGACAGCCGUGUUCCUAAUUGUGUUGGUACAUACAACCAAGGAAAUGAAAGGGUUUACACAAUGAGUAUUGUCGACGAGAAUCAUCGCUCAAGUAUCAGACAAGAUGCAUACGAAGUUUUUCCCAAUAAACAAGGCUAUGUCCUCAGUUCAAUUGAAGGCAGAGUGGCUGUGGAGUACCUCGACAGCAAUCCCGAAGUACAGAAGAAAAAGUAUGCCUUCAAAUGUCAUAGGAUUAAAGAUGGUGGCUUGGAAAAGAUUUACCCGGUUAAUGCGAUCAGCUUCCACUCAGUGUACAACACAUUUGCGACUGGCGGCUCCGAUGGAUAUGUGAAUAUAUGGGAUGGCUUCAACAAGAAACGACUCUGUCAAUUUCAUAGGUACAACACAGUGGUGUCAUCUCUCAGCUUCUCCCACGAUGGAUCAGCCCUAGCCAUCGCCUGUUCGCAACUGGACGAGACCCAAAUCGAAGAUCCGAAGCCGGAGGAUAUUAUCUACAUCAGAUACGUCACCGACCAAGAGACUAAGCCCAAAUGA